AUGAACGUUACGCCUCUGGCUAUCGAGAAACUCCAGGAAGUGAUGGAGGGCGAAGAUGAAAGCGGUUCCGCCCUGCGGGUAGUGGCGAUGCCGGCCGGCCAGGGUUUGCAGUACAUGCUAACCAUGGAAAAGGAACACCAGCCUGACGACACCGUCGUUCGCAUGAGCGGCGUGGAGUUUCUGCUGGAUUCUGACAGCGCUCCAUUCCUGGAAGAAGCCACGAUCGACUACGUGGAAGAGUUCGGUGGCCGCGUUGGGUUCGUGAUCAACAAUCCGAUGUACUCCGGCGGUGGCUGUGGUUCGGGAAGCUGCGGCUGCGGAAGCGGUGUUGGUGGUGGUGGAGGCUGUGGAUGUGGCAGCGGCGGCGGUGGCUGCGGCUGCGGCGGUCAUUAG